AUGAGCAAGACAAAUCUUACUUUUACUUGGGAGGACGUUUCUGUGUCUCUGGAUCUGAAGAUUUUGCUCGACAAUGUAUCUGGCUGCGUGGCUGCGGGAACUAUGAUGGCCCUCAUGGGACCAUCAGGUUCAGGCAAAACUACCUUGCUCUCUGUAAUAGCAAGAAGACAAAGGGGAUUAAGUGAUUUUGAAAUUCUGGGGACUACCGCUUUUGGCGGAGAAGAGCUUUCGACUUCGAGACUUCGUCAAUUGUCUAGAUUUGUCGAACAGGAAGACCAUCUAAUUGGCUCCCUUACUGUGAAAGAGACGGUUUCAUUCUCUGCUAGAAUGGCCACAAGAUUAACCAAUGUGUCAGAAAUUACUGCAAAUACAAUCGAUGUAUUGGGCUUGUCAAAACAGGCCAAUACUAAGGUUGGAACUCCGCUUCAAAAAGGUCUCUCCGGCGGGCAGAAGAGACGACUUUCGGUGGCUGCGCAAGUGGUGACCCAGCCAGAAAUUUUAUUUCUUGACGAACCAACCUCAGGGUUGGAUUCGAAAGCAUCAUUUGAGGUGGUACAAACCUUGAAGAAGUUUGCUCAGAUGGAGAACGUCGUGGUAAUUGCAUCUAUCCACCAGCCUUCCACUCAAACGUUCGAUCUAUUCGACUCAGUGACUUUCUUGUCCGAAGGAAAAGUGGUUUACUCCGGUCCUCGUGACGGUGUCGAGCUGUACUUCGACAAAGUGAACUAUCCUAUUCCGACGCACUACAAUCCAGCAGAAUACAUUUUGGAUUUGAUCAACACUGAUUUCGAGGCUGAGGGUAUGGACAAGCAUGAAGUGUUGGAAAAGUUAGCAACAUUUCAUAAGCUGAACAAAACUCCAUGUGAUUCGCUUGUUCUUUUCAAGGAAGAAGAAGAAUCUGGGACCCUGACAAACAAGAACCCACUUAGACAAACAUGGAUCUUGGUGCAAAGAGCCUUUAUCAAAGCUCGCCGCGAUUAUCUUGCUUACUAUGUGCGGAUAGUCAUGUACUUAGGGUUGGCCAUUCUCAUGGGAACCGUCUGGUUACGCCUUGGAUAUACUCAAAAGAGCAUUCAACCGUUCACAAAUGCAAUCUUUUUCAGUGGUGCUUUCAUGUCCUUCAUGUCUGUCGCAUAUAUUCCCGCGUACCUUGAGGACUACUAUGCCUAUAGCAAAGAGAGGUCCAAUGGUUUGUAUGGACCUUUCCCAUUUGUGCUUUCCAAUUUCAUCAUCGGAAUCCCCUUUUUGUUUUUGAUUGUCGUCUUGUUUUCUAUCAUCACUUAUUUCUUGUGCAAUUUCAGAAAAUCUGCUGAAGGCUUCUUCAUGUACGUUAUGUACUUGUUUCUCAACCUUCUCGCGGCAGAGUCACUCACCAUUCUUAUCUCCACCAUUUUCCCGAUAUUUGUGGUUGCAUUGGCCCUCACUGCCUUUGCCAAUGGACUCUGGAUGGCUGUUGGCGGAUUCUUGGUAUCUACCAACGUCUUGAACAAAUUCUGGUACUAUACCUUCUACUGGGUUGACUACCAACGAUACGCUUUCCAGGGCAUGAUGUUCAAUCAAUUCGAGAAGGCAGUGUUUGCAUGUGGAGAAGGUUGCCAUUGUAUGUAUACUUCCGAUUUGGAGAGCCAAUGUAAGAUUUCUGGACCCGCAGUGUUGAAGGCAGUGGGAUAUGGCAACAGAGACGAUGGGCUUUGGGUCGGAAUCAUGAUUGUGUUGAUUUUUGUUUUGAGAGCAGCAACUUAUGUCAUUUUGAAGCUCCGCAAAUAA